AAAGGGCAGCUCCCAGCGCAGGGCACUCCCUGUUUGACAUGAAGACUGAGAGAUUAAGCUCACAACUUAUCUGAAAUUAGAUGUCAGCUUCUCUGUACAGUGCUUUGUACAGUACAGCUUACAAAGACUGAGAGGAGAAUUUUCACUCAUCUUAAAUAUCCAUCCUGCAACAUGACACACUCAAAGACACACGCACACAUGCACUUGCAUUGGGAGCUACGUGGUGAGGAGAGUGUCAGCAGUGUAGGGAGUGGGGCGGGCUCAGGCAAAGAAAUCAGUCACUUCAGUCCUGCAGUGCAUACAACUUUUCUCCUCAGGAUUCAUAACAACUGUUUGUGUGCAGUUAAAAAGGGAUUAAUACAGGAACAGCCUCAAGCAAAAAAAUGGAAGAUUUCUAUUAUCAUGACGAGGAGGACCUCAACUUAAAUGACAGUUAUGAAUACAAUUACGAGCACAGUGUCUGUGACAAAGAAGAAGUACGCUCUUUCGGCAGCGUCUUCCUCCCAGUCAUCUAUGCCCUGGCUCUGGUGGUUGGUCUGGCUGGGAACGGCCUAGUGGUGGUGGUCUACUCAUCACGGUUGCGACUACGAACCCUGACAGAUGUUUGCAUCCUCAACCUCGCCAUUUCGGACCUGUUGCUUCUCCUCACCCUGCCCUUCUGGGCGGCUGAUGCUGUCCAUGGCUGGCAGUUGGGUUCGGUAGCCUGCAAGCUGACCUCCUUCCUCUACAGUACCAAUUUCAGCUGUGGCAUGCUGAUGCUGGCCUGUAUCAGUGUGGAUCGCUACCGCGCUGUAACCCAAAAUCCAACAGGCAGGACCGGGACAGGUGCCCGAGUAAGGGGUCAAUGGAUCCUGGUGUGUGUGGUGCUGUGGGGUGUUGCCAGCUUUCUUGGUCUUCCUGAGCUGAUCUUCUCCACAGUGAAACACUCCCAUCAUAGGAUGGCCUGUACAGCCGUCUACCCACAUGAAAUGGCCCGAGCUGCAAAGGCUGCCCUGGAGCUGCUGGAGGUGACCCUUAGAUUCUUGCUACCUUUCUUGGUCAUGGUGGUGUGCUACUGCUGGGUAGGACGGGCGCUGAGCCAGGCAGUUGGGGUGCGGAGAGAUCGGAAGUGGCGUGCCCUGAGAGUUUUGCUGGCUGUGGUGGCCGUAUUCCUGCUCACCCAGCUGCCCUACAAUGUGGUCAAGCUGUGCAGAGCGCUGGACGUCAUCUACAUCCUUGUGACCGACUGUGACGUCAGCAAGGGCAUGGAUCGUGCUCUUCAAGUGACAGAGAGCCUAGCGCUGACCCAUGCCUGCAUUAACCCUGUCCUCUACGCCUUCAUUGGAUCCUCCUUCAGGGGACACGUCCUCAAGGUUGCCAAGCGCCUUGGACAGCGAAUCGGGAGACACCCAAGACAUGUCAACGAGGAGCCAGCAGUGGAGAUUUCACUCAACACACGCAAUCAAACACACUCCCAGUCUGGUUCAGAAGACCAAGACACAAGCACCUUCACUAUUUAAGACUCAAAAACGAGCUCAAAACAUAUGUAUUUUUCUGUAAGCACCUACACAAAAUUGUUUGUCUAUGUAUAUAUAUAUUUACACAUCUUUAUCAUAGUGCAAGCUAGAUGUCAAUAACCAUAAAUAUUAAUUCUUAGUGUAUUAAAUACAUAUGUACAGUGAGUUUACAUGCACUACCUAAAGCAAAGUAUUUUGUAUAAAUGAUGUAUUUUGUUAAAUAAAACAAAGAUUUCCAGAGACACACAUCUACCAGAAUCUGUUGCAAUUAAAUGCAACUGAAACUCAAGAUGCUUAAAGUGCUACUGUGGUUCGUCACAACAAAUCCCCAUUCAGCAUUACAGUGUGCGCUGCCUCCCAUAAGAUCAUCUGCAUCUCAUUUUAUUACAGGGGAUGAGGGAUGGCUUGAUUGCACAGCGGGUGACCCAGUGAGUCAAAAAACAUAAGACAAAACAAUCCAAUCUAAUCAUCUUUUUCGUUUUUCAUCCACAGAGCCAUAGAAAAAUGACUUUCAUCUUUUCCCCUUUGAAAUUAUCAUGCAGCCAUCAUACAACGUUACGCUCAAGCUAAACAAAAUACAGCCUAUCAAAUCUAGGCUCAGAGCGUUGGAUGGCUGCAGUUCAAGAGUUAACAGGGCAAUACUCAAACCUGUUUACACCCUUACAGCUAUGACUGAGACGGUUCAGCCUAAUUUGGCUAUACCUCCUGUCCAGAUUAUAAAGACCUCUAGACAUUACAUUAUUUCAUUGUUUACCAUUCUUUCCAUGUGCUUUCAACUGUCUUCUCUCAGUUUGGAACAAAAGCAUCUCUCAAAUGAAUGUAAACUGUAGUACCUAGUCAUCCUCCUUCCAAUGUAAUACCUUACAGCUUAGAUCUGUGGGAUCUGGACACUGUACAAUGCACAAACUAGGUGUGUCUGCCUAGUGAGACAAAAGUUUAGUCUACGUUUUCAAUGAUUUGCAAGCAGAGGGAUGACUGAGUACCUUGAUAAUAAAAGUAUUAUGUUGCAUGCCACAAGACUAAAUAAGGAAACAAGGAAAUUCAA